CCCGUUUUCUGCGCCACCCGCUGUCCAGAGUUCAAGCCUCUGACGAUUACUGCGCCGAUCACCCAAGCACAAACACCGGCUCUAGCAGUCCAGCUCUUGCACAUACACGGUUGAGCUAUCGAAGGAGCACGGGCGCAUAUUGGCAGUCAAUAGGAACCCGGCUCGCGUGCUCAUCCUCGCAACAGUGGUGGAUCACCGGCCCCUCCAUCCUCGAGAUCAACUAGAAAAACCCUGGGCUCUCACGUCAUUGGUGCGUCGGCCAUUCCAUUGGCUGCUGCCACUUGUUGCGACCGUUCUUUUUAUUGUUAUUGAAAAGAGGAUACCGACUCUCUAUGCUCUCGACUUCGCAAUUGCAUUCUCCAUCUUCUUGAGUGGCUCAUCACCAUGUCGUUGCGACAGAGAUUCAGAUCCCUGGCGGAUAAGCUGGCUGUUGAGGCCGAGCCGGGCCUUUCGACCACGCAGCUGAUGCUUGUCAAUUAUGACCUGAAACCCGUUGAGAAAGAGCGUCGGCAGUGGGGUCCGUGGAAUUUUGUUGCGUUUUGGAUUGCAGACUCCUUCAACAUCAACACAUGGAUGAUUUCAUCCUCCAUGAUCAUCGCCGGUCUGUCAUGGUGGCAGGCGUGGAUAUGCGUCUGGUUAGGCUACUCUAUAUCUGCCUGCUUCAUUGUAACGACUGGACGAAUUGGAGCCACGUACCAUAUUGGUUUUCCAGUCAUUGGUCGUGCAUCUUUUGGAAUCUGGGGGAGUCUAUGGCCGGUCUUUAAUCGCGCUGCCAUGGCAUGCAUUUGGUAUGGAGUUCAAUCUUACAUUGGCGGCACCUGCGUCUAUCUUAUGAUCCGCUCGAUAUGGAAAUCUUGGGACAGCUCCAAAAUGCCGGGAAAUUUUGGCACCAGCGCCACCAACACACCAGAGUAUGUUUCUUUCGUCAUCUUUUGGCUGUGCUCCUUGCCAGCCUUGUGGUUCCCCGUGCACAAGGUUCGACAUUUGUUCACCGUCAAAGCCUAUUUUGUGCCCGCUGCCGGUAUCUCGUUCCUGAUUUGGGCCUGUGUGCGGGCUGGUGGUGUCGGCCCCUUCAUUAGACAGCCUAGCACUCUUCAUGGGAGCAAGCUUGGAUGGCAGUUUGUCAACGGCGUCAUGUCUUCCAUUGCCAACUUUGCAACUCUUGUUGUCAACGAUAGUGACUUCACUCGUUUUGCACGUAAGCCCAGAGAUGCUCUUUGGUCUCAGCUCUUUACGAUUCCACUGGGCUUCGCCAUUACUUCCUUUAUCGGCAUCAUCGUUUCUUCGUCAUCAACCAUCAUCUAUAACGAACCAAUCUGGAGCCCUCUGGAUCUCCUUGGAAGAUUUAUCGAUGAUGGUAGCUCUGGCCAGAGAUUCGGCGUCUUUAUAAUCGCCUUGGCAUUUGCCUUGGCUCAGCUAGGCACUAACAUUGCCGCCAACUCCGUCUCUGCGGGAACCGAUAUGACAGCACUACUCCCACGCUACAUCAACAUCCGCCGAGGAUCAUAUAUUUGCGCCAUUGUUGGUUUGGCAAUGUGCCCGUACAACCUGCUCAGCAGCUCCAACCAAUUCACAACCUACCUUUCCGCUUACAGCGUCUUCCUCUCCUCUAUCGCUGGCGUCAUUGUUUCUGAUUAUUACCUUGUGCGGAGGGGUUACUUGGAUACCAAGGAGCUAUAUGAUGGUCGCAGAAAUGGGCCUUACUUUUACACGUGGGGAAUUCACUGGCGAGCUUAUGCUGCAUACAUUAGCGGAAUCGUGAUCAAUGUUGUUGGUUUUGCCGGAGCGGUUGGCACCAAAGUACCCAUUGGCGCCACGUACAUUUACAAUCUCAAUUUUUUCUGCGGGUUUAUCGUUUCGCUGGCCACAUAUUGGCUGUUCUGCAAGAUAUCUCCCAUUCCUGCUACUAGCGAUCGGUGGAUGGAGGUUGGUGAUCAUCUUGACGAUGCUCAACCUGAGUACGAUACGGGUAGUCAGCAAAGUUAUGAUGAAGAGAGGGAUACGGCAGUCAAGGGGCAUGAUAAGAAAGAUACCGUGCGUGUGACGGAUUUUUAGACGUAUAUCACGAGUUACAGUCUUGUUACAAUUUAAUGACCAUUUAGAUUUCUGUUUUAAAAUGUCAAUUCAAUCAAAAGUUCAAACUAUACCACCCAUAGCAGAUGGCACGCCUGCAUAAAUUUUUUCACACUCACCCAAACCAAC